CAUAAUUCUCGUCUGCUUAUCCGCUCCCUUCUCUCCCUCAACUUCAGCAAGUUCCCCGCAAAACCGCAGCCGGAGGUCGCCGGUCGCCACCACCAAUGGGGCCACCCGCCAUGGCGUUCCAAGCCCUCACCCUCACGCCACUCCCCUUCUCACUCCACAGCUCGAGCCGCCGCGUCCGCGUGCUUGCCGUUGCGGCCGACCAGACUCCUCCGCCCGCCCCCCCUUCGGAGCCGGCGAACAGCCCUAGCCGCCUCCUUCGCGAGCUCGCGCAGCGGAAGAAGGCCGUAUCCCCUAAGAAGAAGCAUCCGCCGCGUCGCUUCAUCCUGAAGCCACCUCUCGAUGACGAGCGCCUUACCCGGCGGUUCCUCAGCAGCCCGCAGCUGUCGCUCAAGGCGCUCCCGCUGCUCUCUUCCUGCCUCCCCUCCGCGCCGCUCUCCACCGCCGACAGGACCUGGAUGGACGAGUACCUCCUCGAGGCCAAGCAGGCGCUCGGGUACCCGCUCGCGCCCUCGGAGACGCUCGGCGAAGGCGAUGACUGCCCCGCGCGUCAUUUCGAUGUGCUGUUCUACCUCGCGUUCCAGCAUCUGGACCCCUCUAGCGAGCGCACGCGGAUGCGGCACGUACGGAACGGCCACUCCAGGCUCUGGUUCCUGGGUCAGUACGUUCUGGAGCUCGCGUUCUGCGAGUUCUUCUUGCAGAGGUACCCCAGGGAGUCACCUGGGCCGAUGAGGGAGCGGGUGUUCGCUCUAAUUGGGAAGAAAGUGUUGCCCCGAUGGCUCAAGGCGGCCAGCCUGCACAAUUUGGUCUUCCCCUAUGAUGAUUUGGAUAAGAUGAUACGAAAGGACCGGGAGCCACCGUCCAAGGCUGUAUUCUGGGCAAUAUUUGGAGCUAUAUAUUUGUGCUUUGGAAUGCCUGAAGUCUAUCGUGUCCUUUUUGAGGCAUUUGGGAUGGAUCCAGAUGAUGAGAGCUGUCAGCCAAAAUUGCGUCGUCAACUAGAGGAUGUUGAUUAUGUUUCAGUGGAGUUCGAAAAGAGGCAGCUCACUUGGCAGGAUGUUGCUGCCUACAGGCCGCCACCGGAUGCUCUUUUUGCUCAUCCUAGGCUUUUCCGAGCUUGUGUGCCACCAGGCAUGCAUCGGUUCAGAGGAAAUAUUUGGGAUUUUGACAGUAGACCCAAGGUCAUGACUACCCUAGGAUAUCCCUUGCCCAUGAAUGACAGAAUUCCAGAAAUCACAGAAGCAAGGAAUAUAGAGCUUGGACUUGGUCUUCAGCUGUGUUUUUUGCACCCAUCAAAACAUAAGUUUGAGCAUCCAAGAUUUUGUUAUGAGCGGCUUGAAUACGUCGGCCAGAAAAUUCAGGAUCUAGUAAUGGCAGAGAGGCUACUCAUGAAACACCUCGAUGCACCAGGCAGGUGGCUGGCGGAGAAGCAUCGGAGGACGUUGAUGAACAAGUAUUGUGGACGGUACCUGCGGGACAAGCACCUGCAGCACUACAUUAUCUACGGGGAGACAGUGCAAGACAGAUUCGAACACAAUCGACGUCUAAGGAAUCCUUCAACGACCUCUGUCCAGCAAGCGCUACAUGGGCUUGCAUACUGUGUGUAUGGCAAACCUGACGUGCGGCGUUUGAUGUUCGAGGUGUUUGACUUCGAACAGGUCCAGCCUAAAGCAGUCUGAGGAUCUUCUCCAUUGGUACCGAUGCUAGAGUUGCUGAAUGCUGACCAACAAGACCCCAAUGGCAGUGGUACAAAUGCUGUAGAUUCUUGAAGUCGUCCAUUCGACAGGAGAUCUUUCGAUUCUGAAGCCUGAAGCCCUGAACCCUGAGCUGGGACAGCUGAUUAGCCACUGGGUCCUGUCUCUCCUGAAACCGUCACUGUUCCAACCUUCUUGUCCGUCGGAAAUGGUAGACUAGUGAUGAUGUGGAUCGGAGGCUGCUGUUGUUUGAACUUACAAUUUUGAUAAUUCGUUGUAAAUUCCUGUUUGGGCAGAAACGCAAAUAGCAGCAGCAUGGCAGAUUCAUUUCCUAUCAGAAUUGUAGUCCGUAAUCGAGAAGCAGUAAGAUGAAUAAUAUAAAGAUAUUCAUUC